UGCAGAUGGCAGAAGGGCAAGCUCCUGCUGUUGGCCUCCAUAGCCUGCUGGAUUGUCUUCACGGUGCCGCUGGGCUCGAUCCAGCCACCGCCCUCGGCCUGCAUGGUCAUGAGGAACAACUCGGCGGUGCUGACCACGCCCAAGUUGGGCGUGCGACCGGUCAGAAGGGCCAUAGACGGUGAUGGGACCGAGGAGGUGCUCAGCUAUGUGGAUGAGUAUGCCAGACAAUCCAAAAGACUCAAUCUACCGACCCUUAAUGCCGGCCAAUCCCCGAUCACCGUCAAGUACGCUUCGAACUACGACGCCGAGCAGCAGGCCAACCUCGUCCAGCCCAUCAUCUCGUCCAUCGUGUACCACACGCAGGACAUCCAGAAGGCCUUCUUCCUGCUGCUGCUGCUCGUCGUCAUCGGGGAGUUCUUCAGCGCCCCGGCAAUCACUCUGGCGGAUUCGGCGGUGCUGACGCUGCUCGGAGAGGACUCGGACACGUACAGCCAUCAGCGCAUGUUCGGGUCCCUUGGCUGGGGCCUCGCCAUGUUCUUCGUCGGUAUCGCACUCGACCACUCGACUGCCUUCCCCCACCACCCAUGCGGUCCCGACGAGAAAGAGAAGAACUACACGAUCUGCUUUGCCACGUUUUCGGUGCUGAUGGGCGCCGCGCUCAUCAGCGCCACGCAGAUCUCCUUCAAGUACGAAGCGCCCGAGGAGGAGGGAAAGACGGCGGAGGAGGGGAAGAUAGCGGGGAUGAUGACGGAGGAGGACAGAAUGCAGGCGCAGCUGGCCGAGCAGCUGGAUUUGCCGUCGCUGAAAGAUACGCGGGCGUCGGAUGUGCACUCGGUUAGCAAGGAGCAGAAGUCCAAGAUCUUCGCCCAGACGACCAGAGAGAUGCCCGAAUGGGUGACGGUGAUGCGGCACUACAAGAACCUCAAGUGCGCCUCCUUCCUCUUCGUCGCCUGGUUUAUGGGCUUUGGCAUCGGCAUGAUCUUCACCUUCCUCUUCUGGCACCUGCAGGAUUAUGGGGGUUCGCCCACCCUCUUCGGCGUCGCUUCGGUCAUCAACCACAUCUCGGAGAUGUUCGCGUACUUCUUCAGCUUCAGGCUGAUCAGGCAGAUGGGACACGUGAAGGUGCUUUGUUUGGGUCUAAUCGGGAACACGCUGAGGUUCCUGUAUAUAUCGUGGUUGACGAAUCCGUGGUGGGUGUUGCCCUUCGAAUUCAUGCAGGGCAUCACGCACGCGGCCGUGUGGGCAGCCUGCUGCUCCUACAUCGCCCACAAUACGCCCGUCGAGCUGCGCUCGUCCGCCCAGGGCGUCUUGCAGGGCAUCCACCACGGUCUGGGCCGGGGGUGCGGCGCCAUCGUGGGCGGUAUGCUGGUCAACGCUUUUGGGUCCACGACCACCUUCCGGGGGUACGGCAUCGCCUGUCUACUGGUGCUCGCCGCCUUCAUCUUCAUCAACUUCUACCGAGCCGACCAGGGCUUCGUACGCGACCUGCCCCAGACCGAGGACCCGCGCCAGGUGGCAGAGGAGACCUCCCACCUGGCGCCCCACGGCGUGCCCAGCAACCCGCUGCCACGAGCCCUCUCCAGCAACAAGCUGCACGAGCUGGCGCAGCAGCAGGAGGGGUACGGCACGUACCAGGCGGGACAGGGAGGAACGCUCGACGUGCCUGGGGCGAAUCCGUUCAAGGCGGCGCAGGUAAGAAGUAAGUAC